UGUACGUGACACAAAUGCAGCAGUUCUAAAGGCAUUUUGGUGUCAUUCUCUUUUUUUUUUUUAAAGGAUAAAAGACAGUUGAUAACAAAAAGAGAAUGGAAGACGACGCUCCAGUCAUUUAUGGUUUCGAAUUUCAGGCACGUGCACUCACAGCCCAAACAGGUGAGACUGAUACUAUACGCUUCCUCGUGGGAACACAGUCACUUAAAUUUGACAACCAGAUCCACAUCAUUGACUUUGAUGAUGAAAAUAACAUCAUUAAUAAGAAUGUCCUUCUGCACCAAGCCGGGGAGAUAUGGCACAUUGCUGCUAGUCCUGCAGAUAAAGCUGUUCUCUCCACCUGCUAUAACAAGACCAGUGACAGCAGGGUGGUGUCCUGUGCCGCAGUAUGGCGAAUGCCCUCUGACUGGGAGUCGGGAAGCCAUGAAUCACCUGAUGACUCCGCCCACAACCCUCAAACCCUGGAACUGCUUUGUCACCUGGACGACAGCUCCCAUAGAAAUGCUGCCUGUGUGCUGUGGGAGCCCAUGGGGGAUGGCAAGCGUGUGAUUUCAUUGGCUGAUAAUCAUGCCCUGCUUUGGGACCUGCAAGAGAGCUCCACAAAAGCCACGGUAUCCAGCACGGCCACCCUGGAGGGUAAAGGUCAAUUGAAAUUUACCUCUGGUAAGUGGAGUCCCCACCACAACUGCAGCCAGCUGGCCACAGCGAAUGAUACGGCCAUACGAGGAUGGGACCUUCGCACUAUGAAUCAGAUCUACUGUAUAGAGAACGCUCAUGGCCAACUGGUGCGUGACCUGGACUUCAAUCCCAAUCGACAGUACUACUUGGCGAGCUGUGGGGAUGACUGCAAGGUCAAGUUCUGGGACGUCCGUAAUGUUCAGGAACCUGUAAAGUCCCUGGAGGAGCACUCGCACUGGGUGUGGAGCGUCCGCUACAACCACAGCCAUGACCAGCUGGUGUUGACAGCCAGCAGCGACAGCCGUCUAAUUCUGUCCAAUAUGGUGUCCAUCUCCUCAGAGCCAUUCGGACACUUGGUGGACGACGAGGAGCUCAGCGAGGGGGAGGAAAACCAUCAGGAAGAUAAGAGUAAGGAGCCUCUGAAAGACAGCGUGGUGUCCACCUAUGAGGAGCACGAGGACAGCGUGUAUGCAGCUGAGUGGUCAUCAGCUGACCCCUGGCUUUUUGCGUCUCUGAGCUACGACGGACGCCUGGUUAUCAACAGGGUCCCCCGAGCUCUUAAAUACCGGAUCUUGCUGUGA